AGCAUUACAUCCUUCCCAUCUGCACUCCACAAUCUACACGAGUCAAGAGAAUACAUAGUAGAGAGAAGAAGAUGGUGGCUGCCGGCAGGAACAGGGCGGAGCGGUGGAACCUCGCCGGCGCGACGGCGCUCGUCACCGGCGGCAGCAAGGGCAUUGGGUACAUACAUACAUACAUACAGCACGCGAUCGUCGAGGAGCUCGCCGGGUUCGGCGCCCGGGUGCACACGUGCUCGCGCAACGCGGCGGAGCUGGAGGAGUGCCGGCGGAGAUGGGACGAGAAGGGGCUGCAGGUGACCGUGUCCGCCUGCGACGUGUCGGCGCGCGCCGACCGCGAGCGCCUCGUGGCCACCGUGGGGGCCACCUUCGGCGGCAGGCUCGAUAUCCUCGUGAACAACGCGGGGCAGUCCCUGUUCAAGCGGACGGCCGAGUGCACCGGCGAGGACUACUCCCGGAUCAUGGCGACCAACCUGGAGUCGUGCUUCCACCUCAGCCAGCUCGCGCACCCGCUCCUCCGCCUCGCCAGCGGCGGCGGGGGCGGCAGCGUCGUGCACGUCUCCUCCGUCGCUGGCUUCGUCGGGCUCCCGGCGCUCGCCGUCUACUCCAUGUCCAAGGGCGCCCUGAACCAGCUCACGCGCAGCCUCGCCGCCGAGUGGGCCGGCGACGGCAUCCGCGUCAACUGCGUCGCGCCGGGGGGCAUCAGAACCGACAUCAGCAGCGAUAAGACGAUAGACCCAGAGCUGGCGAAGAGGGAGAUGGCGCGGGUGCCCAUGGGGAGGAUCGGCGAGCCGGAGGAGGUGGCGUCCAUGGUGGCCUUCCUCUGCAUGCCGGCGGCGUCCUACAUGACCGGCCAAGUCAUCUGCAUCGAUGGCGGCCGCACCAUAGCUUAGCUUGCUCUGGGGCUAGUUAGUCCCACUUCUCGCGUUCAUCAUGCAUGUAUGUAUGCGUACGUGACAAACCAGCUGCCGGCACACGUAGUCCAUUCCGUCUGUACAUUUGCGUGCACUGUGCUGUGAGGAUCAUGUUCUCGUUUUAAUUUGUAAUGAUCUACUUCAUUCCAUCGGCGGGAAUGCAUCUUGUAAUAAAAUAUAAUCUCGAUUUUUCUUGUGUGAAAAUAACUCUCAAACUAUUUGUUUCAA